AAAGGGAAUGGUUUCUUUUAGCUACAGCUAGCUCGCUGAAUAACCUGAAAACUGUACUUGGAGCAGAUUAAACUUCACCCUAUAAACUUCUGUUUCUUAAAGAGCUCAAGAGACACAAAACGGACAAUAAACUGAAAGAAGAAAAGUCCAACAGCUGACGUUUUAACAGCGCCCAAGUGCUGCUAAAAAAAAGAAAAGAAAAGGAACUCCGUGGUUGAAAAGAACAGAAGAGGGCAGACAAAGUCUCCAAGCCUGACGUUCACUGAUACAGAGCAGACAUGCAGCAGCUGUUAGUGAGUAAAGAAGAUGUUCUUCCUGAGCAGAAGCAGUGGAAUCCGAAUCUAGACCAAAAGGACUCUGAGCUUCCAGACAUUAAAGAGGAACAGGAGGAACUCUGGAGUGACGAUGAAGAAAAACCACAGUCGUCACAACUUCAUCAAAGCCAAGGCGUUGAGAACACAGAAGUGGAGCUUCUUGUCAGCAACUCCACUGAACACGGAACACUGAAAAAGGAAGCCAAUGAAGAGGACUGUGGAGGAUCAGAACCAUCCGGCAACUCAGACAUGCAGAAGUUGUUGCUGAUUAAAGAAGAAAUUCUUCCUGAACAGCAGGAGUGUAGUCUGAAGGUUAACCAGGAGGAUAUCAAAGAUGAACAAGAGAAACUCUGGGUCAGUCAGCAGGGACAACAGCUUCACCAGCUGGAAGAGGCUGAAGUCACGAAGUUCCCUUUCGAUGUUGUCCCUGUGAAGACUGAAAAUGAUGAAAAAACACUGUUACCACAACAGAAGGGAAGGCCGGCAAGUGAGAAACCAGUCAGAUGCCCAGUCCGGGGUAAAGAAUGGAGACAAAAGAGCACUCUGAACAGACAAGUGAGAUUCCCGACAGGGGAGAGGCGAUUUUGCUGCCCUGAGUGUGGUAAAAGAGUUGGACACAAGGGCAAUCUGAACAUGCACAUGAGAAUUCACACAGGAGAGAGACUAUUUCAUUGUCCUGCAUGUGAUAAAAUAUUUGGACACAAGGGCAGUCUGACCAGACACAUAAGAAUUCAUACAGGACAGAAACCAUUUAGGUGUCCUGAGUGUGGUAAAAGAUUUGGACAAAAGAGCGGCCUGACCAGACACAUGAAAAUUCAUACAGGAGAGAAACCGUUCAGGUGUUUUGAGUGUGGUAAAAGAUUUGGACACAAGAGCGAUCUGAACAUACACAUGAGAAUUCACACGGGACAGAACCCAUUUAGGUGUUCUGAAUGUGGUAAAAGAUUUAAACACAAGGGCAAUCUGGACACACACAUGAGAAUUCAUACAGGUGAGAAACCAUUUGUCUGUCCUGAGUGUGUUAAAAGAUUUGCACAAAAGGGCCAACUGAUCAGACACAUGAGAAUUCACACGGGACAAAAACCAUUUGGGUGUUCUGAAUGUGACAAAAGCUUUGGAGAAACAGGAAAUCUGACUAAACACAUGAGAACUCAUUCAAGAAAAAAGUAAAUUAGCCCCACAUUAUUUGGAGAGAAGAGGAACCACAAUUAAGAAGAAGAAUACUGUGCAACAAUGGAAAAAAGACAAGACAUUGCAACAGAAAAUCAGCUGUCUGAGAGCAGAGAUCUCCCAAAUGACAGCAUUUGUGGGAGGCCAAAAUCAUACAAGGAAUCUCCUAAAGUCAGUUGCAUUAAAACAAAAUACAAUGUUGGAGAUAAACAACUGGAUGAGAGGCUGGCAGAACAUCAAGCCUUAGUGAAAGCUUUAGCUGCAGAAAACAGCAACAAAGACAAGAAAAUAAAUGCAAAUGAAUAGUUCACAAAAAACCCAAGGCUAGUCUACAGGACACAAUAAAAUGCAACAGCAACCUGGGAAAGACUAAGUUGAAAGAUUCUGGAGACCACUAUUUGAAGACCCAAAAUAACAUGAGGAGGCCAAGUGGAUAGAAGUAAAAAAAACAAAAACAAAGACAAACAGCAAAUGCCAGCAGCAGUAAUAACUGAAGAAAAAAGUGCAGAGAGGGAUAUUCCAGGGAGACAGCCUCUUGCCACUUUUAUUCUGCUUAACCAUAGACCCGCUUAGCAAGAUCCUGAAGGAGCAUGACAUCGGGUAUGACUUAAGUAGAGGCAGAGGACGGAAAAAAAAAAAUAGGAAACCAUCUUUGCCGACUCAAAUCAGGGACUCAGUCAGCUUGUGGAAGCAGUCCAUAAGUUCUCCAAAGACAUUGUCUGGAGUUUGGACGGGAUAAAUGCUCUAAAUGCCAUGUCAGAAAAGAUAGGAAGGUAGUAGGAGAAAACAUGCAGUUGGAUGAGGGGAGCAACAUUAAAGAUUUGGCUCAGGAUUCCAUAUACAAAUACUUGGGAAUAGAAGAAAAUGCUAAAAUAGAGCAUACGAAAAUGAGUGAGAGAGUAGCACAAGAAUACUUAAACUGUUUAAAAAUGAUCUGCAAAUCAGAAUUAACACCAAAGAACAAGAUCACAGUCAUAAACUAGUUUGCAAUACCAGUGGUGACCCAUGGGUUUGGUAUAGUAGACUGGCCACAGGAUGAGCUUAAUAGAUAUUAAAACCAGGAAGAUGCUCACCCUCCACAACGUUAACUACAGAAAUCAAUGCAUGGGGGAAAAUAAAUAUUUCUCCCUUGUAGAGAAGGUGGUCUGGGUCUCACUGAAAUCAACCAGGCCUACAGAGAUUCAUAAUAGGUAUUGGACACUACUUAAAGAGUUCUGAAGAAGUCAUAAAGAUAGCACAACAUCACAAUGAGACCUUAUCCCAGCAGACCUCGGUUAUUUGCAGUUGGCAGAAAACAACAAUCUGACACCUGCAACAAAACUAGCAAGACAUACCAGGAGAAAAUACAGCAAAAGAGAACAAAAACAGAGUGGACAGAUGGAAACAGCACAUAAGUGCUGGACAAUUCCAAGAAGAACUGGAAAAGGAAUACAUAGA